GAAUGAACCCAUACCAACUAGCAACGCCAAGCUUAUAGAAAUUGGUGUCUGGAUAAAUAUAUCGAUGGAGCAUGAUCAAAAUGACGAAAUGGGUCAUAGUUCUACUGAAUUUCCCGUUUCUAACUCUGAGAUAGAACUUUCGAUGACCAAAAUUCGUGAGAAAGUUAUAGACGAUAAGCUGAGAGCUCUGCAAGGAUUUUCCUUUCCAACUCCCGAAACACCUGAUAGUGACCCAAGCGGGGCUCUCGUGUAUAUUGAAACAUAUAAGAAAAGUUAUCAAAGUGACAAAGAUGUUGAUUCUUCAGACUAUCCUAUGAUUGGUGUACCAAGUGAUCUAAGAAAUUCUAACGAUAUUCUGGAUCUUUCUUGUGCUGGACUUGGUACUCGAGGGAGUUUUGCGCUCGCUGCUGCACUUCGGGUUAAUAGUUCUAUACAAAUACUUAUAUUACUGAACAACUAUAUCACAACAUCAGGUGCGCUCGCUAUUGUUAAUGCUAUCAUUGAGUCCAGAAAUGUGACGGAGGUAAACUUUUUUUCAAAUCAUAUAGGAGCUGUCGAGUCACUCCCAGGCGUCAACUAUUCAUUGCGUGGUGGUGAUGUAAUCAAGAAGCUCAUUUAUUCUGGAUCCCUUAUUACGAAGUUAUCUCUCGGAGACAAUCAUCUAUCCGAUGCUGACCUUCAAAUAUUAUCCGAAACACUAGCCGAGAACAUAACGCUACAGCAUUUGGACCUGAGCUACAACAAACUGAGCUAUAUUGGAGCAAUAGAACUUGCCAAGGUUCUUUCUCGUAACGCUGACUUACGUGAGAUUAAUUUGGAAUGGAAUCACUUCGGUGCCGCUGGAUGUCAGAUUCUGCUGUCACAGGGUUUUCUAUUCAACAACACUAUUAAAUCCUUUAACCUCAGUGCGUGCGGAUUGGACGAUACGUGUGCAGUUUUGGUUUCAAGAAUUAUAAGUGAGAAUGCUACAGAGCAAAUUAUCAUAGCCAACAAUCGAAUUAGCGCAGCUGGGGUCGAUUCCAUUAUUAAGGGUAUUGUGGCCACCACGUCGCUUACAACGUUGGUGUUGGAUGGGAACUACCUCGGUGAUGAUGGUUGUUCUAAGUUGCUGAAUACCGCCACGAGUGGCGCUUUCAAAACAUUGACCUUGCUGAGUUUCCAGCAUUGCGGUUGCUCAGCCGCCACCGAAGCACGUAGCCAAAACGCUGCCAUGCCGGAUGGAUUUUGUAUUCGUGUAUCUGAAGGCUAUAGUGUCAUCAAUACUUUGUAAGCUAUCCUAAUUUUUAUGUAAAAUAUAAAGUAUCAUGCAAAAAAUGCAUAUACGUAAAA